UGCGCAGAUCCGUCGACUACGAAUGCCGACUGCGACUCGCGUGUAGAUAAUUUGUGAAGCGGCGACGGAAAAGGAUGUAUGUAUAUGUACGUCUCGUCUUUCAGUUGACUUUCAUCGUCGUUUUGCAGUGAACGUUUCGCGCGGAUAUUGAUGAAAUUUCCAAUGUCAAGUGUAGUAAAGACGUAGUAAAUUAAAUGCAUAUUUUUCUUGAUCCAAGCAAUUAAUUUCCAAGACAUUCAAAGUUAAUUGUGCUUCGAUUUAAUCAGUUAAAAGUGUGCUAACUUAAAAAUCAGCAUAGCUGAGUGAAUCGCAUCGCGACCAGCGUGGCGCAAUGCAGUGUGUGUUUAUUAGAUGCGGCUAUGAGCAGUGUCUAAGGUUGAUUGGAGGAGACAUUAGUGGAAUCAGUGUUGUUCGCUCCGUGAGUGCGUGGUAACGAUGCUGCCGAUGGUGCAGCCCGAGGGAACCCUCAACUGCGGGGGGCAAGGAGGCGCCGGCACGCCGUCCCCCAACCUGCCGCCCUCCCUCACGUCGCCGGAGUCUGAUGACAUUGAUGAUGUUGUAGUGUCCUUUCUCGAUAUUGAUGUAGCAAUACAGAGAAUCGAAUCCUGUGACCUCCAACUGGGAGACACAUGGAGGGGGAUGCAGAGCAAGAUGAGCGUGACAGCGCAAAAACAGAGAAAAAAACCUGCUGAUCAUAAACCGCAAUCUCAAAUAAACAAGUGUCACAACGAGAAGCGUCGCCGCGAGCUCGAGAACGAGACGAUCAACCAGCUAGAGGAGCUCCUGGGCACGUGCCUGGCGGAGGUGAAGCAGCCGGACAAGAACGGCAUCGUGCGCGAGGCCACGCGCCAGAUCCAGGAGGUGUUGAAGCGCCGCCGCGAGUGCCCCAGCGAGUGCCCCGCGCGGGUGCUGUCGCCGCCGCCGCCGCCGCCGCCGCUGCAGGCCGGGGACGUCAGCUCCACGCAGCCGCAGCCGCCGCUGCAGUACUCUGAGCUCACCACGCUCAUUGAGGCUCUCAAACACUACACGAGUAACCUCGGUUGGGUCCUUCUAGAAAUAAACGCCAAGGGCGAGAUCGAGUGUGUGACUGAGAACAUCAAGGACCUCAUCUACAUCGACCGGGCGGAUUUGUACAAGAAGUCGAUAUUUUCGCUGCUGGACGCGACCGACCAUCCGAAAAUAAGACCGCUCUUGCGCAACAUACAAUCGUUUGGAUGGGGCGCCGGGGACAUUGAUAAGUUCCAAGCUGUGCACGCCAAACUCCAUUUCAAGAAUGCUAAUGGGACCGACAGUGCCGGAUACUGCUCGGCAGUGAUCCACUGCGCGGCCGUGCGCGGCGCGGGCUCGGGCUCCGGCUCCGUCAUGUGCGUCAUCCGGCGCUGCGAGGAAGCGUCGCCCGUCCCGCCGCUCGGCGCCCAGCCGCCGCCGCCCGCCGCCGACAAGAUCCAGGACCACAUCGUGUUCCGCCUCGACCCGGACCUCGUUAUAUUGUCGUGUGAUUUAAGUGGUGUAGAGAACUGUAUAGACGUUCCGUCCGCGUUUGUGGGUAAACGUUACCUGGACUUAGUAGAGAGUGCGGACCGCCACAUCGCGGCGGCGCACCUGACGGAGGCGGCCACGCAGCCCGCGCCGCCCGCCGCCUCCGCGCCCUUCCGCCUGCGCGUGUCGGCGCGGCCGCUGCGCGUGUGCGCCCGCUCGCGCCUGUUCUCCGCCAAGCCCGGCGCCGGCGAGCCCGACUUCAUCAUGUCGGCCCACUCCGUGCUGCCCGACGACGACGAGCCGCGCUCCCCGCCGCCCGCGCCCCCCGCGCCCGUCGGCGGGCCCCUCAUGACCUCCGUCGCCAACGGGGACGCCGCCGAGCGCUACCCGACCCCGCCCGACGCGCACUUCACCUACAACGACUUCGUGGACCUCGAGCAGUGGGCCGCGCCCUUCCAGCUCGCCGACAUGGACGAGUGCAAGGAGCGCCGCGAGCCCGAGCCCGCCUCGCCGCCCGCCGCGCCGCCCGCGCCGCCGCCGCCGCCCGCGCCGCCCGCCGAGGAGCCCAACCGCCUGCGCUCGCUGCUCAGCAAGAAGCCGAGCGGCGACGCGCCCGCCAACAACCGCAUCCUCAAGGACCUGCUGCAGCAGGAGGACGAGGAGGCGUCCAGCAGCGAGAUGUCCGCGCCGCACACGCCCCACACGCCACACACGCCGCACACGCCGCACACGCCGGCCGCCGCGCUGUCGCCGCUGCACGGGCCGCGCGCCGCGCCGCACCCCAUGCCGCAGCAGCAGCCGCAGCCACAGCAGCAGCAUCACGAUAACAACUCGCAUAUGCUGCUAAGGAUACUAAACGAAAAAUCCGACGAGGACGGCGACGAAGCCCGCCGCGACGCGCGCAGCUCGCAGCCCUCUGCGCUGCUGACACAGCUCUUAUCCAGCAACGGGCCGGCCAGCAACGGCCGUGCGCCAGACACCGCGGACAACAGCUAUCUAGAGCGCAUAGCGGGCGUGAAGCGCAAGAUGGAGGAGAGCAAGAUGCCGCCGCAGAAGCGGGCCACGCCUGAGAUGCAACAGGUGUCAUCAAGCGCCGCGCCUGUAGCCUCCUCCUCGUCAGCGACCGCAUCCAGCCCGGGCGGCGGCAUGAGCUCACUCUGCCAGAAGAACCAGAUCCUAGUAUCCCUCCUAGCUCGGCAGCAACAGACGCCGCUGCCGCCGCCCAACACGGGCAUCCAGCGGGGCUUCGGCCCGCGCCCGCGCCAGCCGCCGCCGCCGCCGCAGCACCAUCAGCCGCGGCAUCACGCGCCUCACUCCACGCUCUCUAACAUGCUUUCUGGACACCCAAGACUAAACAACGUGAACGGCGGUCCGGGCGUGUCGCAAGCCAACGUGGAGUGUUCCUCGGCCAGCCUGCAGUCGCACCAAGCGCAUCAGGCGCAGAGCCACUUACAGAUGGUGUUGCAAAGCGGCGGGCGUGCCACGUACCCGCCGCCCUCACCCGCGCCCGCCCCGCAGGCGCCCACGCCGAUACAUUAUGCGAAUACGCCGCCGCCGCAUCAUAUGUAUAACAAUCAGCCUCAAAGCAGCGGCGUGCGACAACAGGGCGGGCAGGAGGUGCCGAGCGACCAGGCGCUGUCGGACAUCCUGGACGAGUUCGUGGACAACAUGCCCGACUCGGACCGCGCCACGUCCGACUUCGCCUCGCUCAUGUCCAUGGACGGGACGCGACAGAUGCGCCCCGACUAUAAUGCGGGUAUGAAGGAAGAGAAUGCUGUGAUCAACGCGAUCAGACAAAGUCUGAUGCAGUGUGAGAAAGUGUCGAAGAGUCCUGUGUCGUCAAGCCCCGGCCCUCCCGUGUAUCCUGUACAAAGUCCAGGAUCAUGCAACAUGGGCGGCGGCAGCAUGUACACGCUCGUGAGCUCGGGCUCCCCCUCGGGCGCGGGGGGCGGCGCGGGCGCGGGGGGCGCGGACGCGGCGCGCGCGCGGGCGCUGGUCGAGCAGCAGCGGGCGCGGCUGCUGCAGAUGCAGAGGUCGCAGCAGAUGCUUGUGUCGCCUGAGGCGGCCGAGAGUCCGCAGGCGGACCUGGGCUCGACGAUCAACGCGCUGGUGUCGGCCACGCCGCCCAACGUCACGCUCACGCGGACCGACUACCAUCACCAUUACCACAAUCAAAUUGGUUCAAAUUAUGGUACAAAUAAAAUCCCCUCCUCUCAGCAAAACCCCAUGCUGAGCCGGCAGCUUAGUACGGGCGGCGGCGGCGGCGGCGGCUACGUGCAGAUGUCGCCGGGCGCGGGCGGGCCGGCCGCGCUGCACACGCCCAUGGCGCACUCCCCCGCGCACCCCGCGCCCCUCCACUCGCCCUACCACCGCCCGCCGAGACCCUCCUUAGUGGGCGGCUACUACGGGGACGGCGGCUACGGCUGCGAGCAGUUCGCGCGGCGCCCGCCCCCGCUCCCCGCGCACCCCGCGCUGCCGCCGCUGCACGACACCCUCGCCUGUAAUGGGGCGAGUGGGUCCGGCGGCGGGACGUCAGAGUACGUCAGAAAUGAGCUGAGAGCCGUGGUUGGUGCUCGCAGCUCGCGGCCUGACUUGCACCAGCAGAUGCAGCCCGAGCUCGACCCGCUACUCAACUUCGACAUGCCCACACCCGGUGGCGAGGGCGGCGGCGGCACGUGGGAGCGGCGGCCCGCGGGGGCGGAGGCGACGCAACGCGCCACGCCCAAUAAUACUACGGCGGAGGGCUCGGCGGCGGCGGCGGCGGCGGCGGCGGGGGCGGGGGGCGGUGAUGAGGCGGCGGCGGGCGGCGCUAAGGCCUCGCUGCUACAGAAGCUGCUGUCGCAGUGACGGCCCGGUGAGCGGCUGCAUUUAUUCCCGGACGCUGCCCGCGAGCCUCCUCGGUGAUGCGUCUACGCGGUACCUCUCUGGCUGUAAACUCACCUCGAUGAGCAUAACAUAUAGUACACGUAUUUAUAACGACGUCUUUAACGUUAGCCGUAGUCCUUUAGUGAUAUUGUCGAGUUGUAAAAAUCUUUUUUAUUAUUAUUGUUAGGUCGUAAUAUAUUUUUGUCUUUAAUUCCCCGUGAACCCGAUAAGUUACAUUUUGUAUGUAUAAAUUUAUUUUUUGUAAUAUUUAAUUGUUUCUAUGCAGUUUUCGAUCAAAUGUAAUCUUCAUUCAUCGAUAUGAAACCAAAUGAAGUUCUUUUGUGUCAUGUACAAUUUCUCAACAGUAUACCUAGUAUGCUGGGUAGCUAUGUGUGCGUUGAAAUGGCCCCUGAAAUAUUAAGAAUAUCGCUUCAAAAAUCUGUUGGUCGAUAAGAUCGCCACAAGAGCUAUUAGGCCGGAUCUAGUAGAUACGAUUGAACACCGUGUUGAGCGCAGGGAGCCCAAUGAUGCAAAGUUUACAAUAGACAUUUAAUUUGUGCAAUAUUGUAUAGAAAUACAUAUUUUGGCGUUGUGAACGUUUUGUAUUAUAAAUGAAGUCAUAUGUUACCUGUUAUGGCAAAGUAAUAUGUAUUAUAGUAGAGUUAAUUUUGACGUGAAUCAGUUUCUUUUAGUGAAGAAAUUGUAUUUUUUCUGUAUAUAAUAUGUUGUUAAAUUAAACUGUUGCUUUAUUGUAAA